AUGUCAGCGCAAGCCUCCGGUGUCGGGGACUCGCUGCUGCACCCCGACCCAUCCAAGAUCCCAGUUCGCACCGAGAUCUUCGCAGCCUUUGCCGCCAUUGCCUGGUACAAUGCCAUCGAACUCAUCGUCCUAUGUUUCGUCUCCUUCAAACGCCGCCGCGGCUGCUAUUUCUGGAGUCUGCUAGUAGCCUCCUCCAGCAUCGUCCCACAUUGCUUAGGCUACUUCCUGCUGUUCUUUCCCACGGGGGUGUCACCCUACAUCUGCGUCACGCUCAUCGUCUUCAGCUGGUACGGCAUGGUGACGGGUCAAUCGAUGGUACUAUGGUCGCGUCUCCAUCUAGUCUUGCAAAAUACCAAGAUUCUCUGGGGCGUCCUUGGGAUGAUCAUCGUAGACGCCAUCCUCCUCCACAUUCCGACCACGGUGUUACUCUACGGAACGGCCGCAGCCCCCCUCAGUGUAUGGGCGCACGGAUACGGUAUCAUGGAGCACAUCCAGCUCGUCGGCUUCUGCAUCCAGGAACUGAUCAUCUCGGGACUCUACGUCUGGGAAACGGUCAAACUACUCCGACUCCGACCUCAAGGCCGACCACACGGGAUCCUCCAUCAACUCCUCGUCAUCAACAUCAUCAUUCUCCUCCUCGACGUGGCUAUCGUCGUGAUCGAAUACGUCGGCUACUACGCCGUCCAGGUUAUGUUCAAGCCCGUCGCGUACAGUAUCAAACUCAAACUCGAAUAUGCCAUCCUCGGCAAGUUAGUCGCCAUCGCCCAGGGUAUGCAGACCUACAACGACGAUGACGGACCUUCCAGCACUCGCGAGAUGACAUCCUGCCCCUCAUCGCAGGAAACGCCCCUGCGUCCUGGUUUGGGGCCAGAUUCUCAUCGCCUGUACAGUUUCCCAUGGUUUUGGGACACUUCGCACCAGUCGAGUUGUACCUCUUCCGGGAUAUGA